AAAUAGCUUCAGGAAGUCCCUGAAACUGACCAGACUCACCAAGCCCCUCCCUGCCAUAAUAAACAAUAAGAGCUGAACAUCUUUCUCAGACUAAGAGCUGAGCUUCAGAGAGGAAAAAAAGCUACAAAGAGGACUCUGAGACAAGACCCACUCACUUCCUUGAAGAAGCAGAAACCUCCAGAGCUGCCUGGAAGAGAGUUAGACCAACUGAGACACCUGGAGAGGACCCUCUCCAGCCAGUUGGGCUGCCUGAAGACUGUGCAGUGUGCUCCAGGUGCUGCUUUUCUGAAGUUGCUUGCGGGACUUCUCACCGUUGCUGCAGAAAUAAAUAGGUGAGGCCGCUGGCCGCUAGGACUUCCCACUCCGUAUGAAUGCCGCCAGCCCCGGACCGGGACCUCACUGCUUCUGCCGCCUCGGACCGCGGGACUAAGCGACCCUUGCCGCGACUUCCUUUCCGGGCCCCCUCGCAUCUCACCGCUGUCUUUCUGGAUUGACCUCGUGGACUCCUGUCUCGCCUUCCCACCGUGAACAUCAAUAUGUGUCAUGUCAUUGUCACCUGCCGCUCGAUGCUCUGGACCCUCCUGAGUAUCGUAGUGGCCUUUGCCGAGCUCGUCGCCUUCAUGAGCGCAGACUGGCUGAUUGGGAAAGCCAAGACCCGCGGCGCCGGCGCCGAGCCGGCAGGCACUGACUCGGAGCCCUACUACCUGGGCAUCCUUUGCAUCCGCACGCCGGGCAUGCAGCAAGUCCCUCGGGACACACUGUGUGGGACCUACGCCAAGAGCUUCGGGGAGAUCGCCAGCGGUUUCUGGCAAGCCACUGCUAUUUUCCUGGCCAUGGGGAUCUUCAUUCUCUCCGUGGUGGCCUUGGUGUCCGUCUUCAGCAUGUGCGUGCAAAGCAUCAUGAAGAAAAGCAUUUUCAACGUCUGCGGGCUCCUGCAGGGAAUUGCAGGUCUUUUCCUCAUCCUCGGCCUGAUACUCUACCCUGCGGGCUGGGGCUGCCAGAAAGCCAUAGACUGUGGACGGCAUGCAUCUCCCUACAAACCUGGAGACUGUUCCCUGGGCUGGGCCUUCUAUACGGCCACUGGGGGCACGGUGCUCACGUUCAUCUGUGCCGUCUUCUCCGCACAAGCAGAGAUCGCAACCUCCAGCGACAAAGUCCAGGAAGAAAUUGAAGAGGGGAAGAACCUGGUCUGCCUGCUGUAGUCUGGAAGACGUGAAUGCCGCCGUUACCUUUCUUUAUGACUUGUGACACAGUCUUCGCCAUUUGAAUCAAGUGAAGAACCAGUCUUGACCUAGCAGAGCCACACUCCACAGCCCAGGCCUUCGUGAGACCAGCGAGGGGUCGCUCAGCAAGCAGAGUUCUUGCACACGCAGGCUGCAGUGCACAUAAGGAGACCAGACAAGGACAUGUGUAGCCCAACUGCGGAGUCCCCUCAGACUCUGUCUCCCCAGAGAUCCAGAAAGGACAGUGAUCUGACUCAGCAAGGCAGGCAGCAAUCUCCUGGAAGCAGAGAGGCCAGCCGGCCUCAGGGUGGUUUGAGGCAGGUUUCUGGCUCAGAGCCAUGUGUCUAUGAACAUCUCAGGAUGCAGGCUCAAGGUGGUGUCUGUUUUCUCCUAGUUCUUUCAAGUUGUUUCAACUGGAGACUGAGAGGAAGACUACAGACUGCUGAUAGCGGGGUGCAUGCUGAGGUUGCAGCAUGACACCAGUUUGCUCAGCAGACCAAAGGCUCAGUGGGGAUGGAGUAGACUCCCGCAGUGGACUACUCUAGUCUGAGUUAAGACAGACAGUCAGUCAGCCUGGUGCCUAAACUAGCCCCUCCUCCUGGCAGUUAGUUUUCUCCUGGGGUUGGGGUUGUGCAGGCUGCCCAAGGGAACCUCAGUGUUCUUCCUUCCCAAAGACAGCGGCCUCCAGAGCCAGCUGUGGCUCGUGCAGAUGUUCACAGGGAGAACUCCAGCCUCUGCAGGGAGGACUUUCUGUUUGGUGACUGUGCUGUCUAGCCAGCUGGCUCCCAUCCCAUUGGCAUUCUUUGCAGAGAAAGCAGGAGCUAGUCACGAAGGUUUCUAUAGCUUCUGGUGUUGGUCCUGACAGCGGACAGGGUGACAAUCACUGCCACUGCCAACUUGCAUCAAAAAAAUCCCACCCCCAGGGAAGCACAGAACAAAUCAGGGGCUAGACCAAGCUCAGCACACCUGCCUAGGCAUGCUUACAACAAUCACCAAAUACCACUACUAAAAAGGACUCAGGGCCUUUAAUCCAGUUUCCACAAAUUAUCCAUAUAACCAAAGUAGCCAGAAAUACCAGAGUCUGGCAAUAUAUAAGCCUUGCAGAUAGAGACCCUCUGUAAAAGUGGAAGUGGAGUGAGGACCCAUUUGGUUUUAGAGAUAUGUUUCCACUAAGGGCAUUGUCUUAAAAGUUAAAUAGUUAAGCACUUUCUACUGGCAAGUGUUUGCUGAGUACAACCAGGUAUACAACCCUGAUUCAGAUUUUACAGCCUUGCCCCACUAUCAGAGCUGUGUCAGAAGCCUUGGACCAGAGCAACCCCUCAUAUACAGGUGGGCAGGUGGGCUAGGCCCACUGGGGUUUCAUUACAGUUCAUUUGCCCUUUGGCCUAGUCCAGAAACCAUCUGAUCUCUCAUGAAGAGAAAGGUUAGGAAGGAAGGGUAUUGAAUCAGAUCUUAACUUCAGUUUUGAAUCAGUGUUCAAAAUAAGCAAGGUGGAGAUCCUGUGGCUUCUUUAGAAGAGAGAAGGGGAACCCUAAGCAGCCCUAGGGAGACUGCGGAAGCGGGAACAGAUCACUGAGGGCACGCAUGGCCAUACGGCGAUCACUGAGGGCACGCAUGGCCAUACGGCGUGUGGAAAGGCUCUUGCCCUUCGCUGUGUGUUUGAGAUGUUCGUGCCCAUCCUUCUGCCAGCACAGCUGCUGUGUUUCCAACCUGGGCAAUACUUGGCAUGAAAACUGUGACAAGAAUACUUUGUUUUCCUUGAUCUUAACCAGAUAAAAAUUUGGGUAUUUUUAAUACAACCUUAGCCCAUUCUUUACAACCUAGUCCUAAGCCAGGCCUGCUCCUUGGCUACGGUGGUGGCAGUGGACCAUAUCAACCUGGUAACAGUCACAAAUGAAAGAAAUGUGGCCUCUCUGCCAGAUUAAGUUACUUAACAGUGUUUUUCACUAAUUUAAACAUUAGAGAAGAUCCCCCGCCCCCAAAGGGGCACAAAUGAAAUGCUAUGCUAUUGAAAACUACCUAAAUGCUGACUCAGUGGAGCAGAGAGAGAAAAGGCGAUGUCCAACAUUUGAGACCUUCAAACUAAUACACAGACUUACACAAGGAAUGAAAAGACCAUCUACAGUCAUGCUAGGGUAGAAUAGAACUUCUCAUCAAAAGCCACUUCUUUUUCUCGAUUACUAGUACAGGAAAAGUCUUACUUUGCCUGCAUUUGUGCUCGGCCUCUCAGUGAAUGCUAAAGCAGAAAUACGUGGAGUCUGUGGAUUCUUUAAACCUGUGUGGUAAUUCAGCAGCAUUACAUUAACUGUGGAAGGCUUUCUGUAUAGUUCUCAAGUAUCUGUGUGUAAUGAGUGGUCUUUGUUAAACAUGUAUUCUGUAAAGUGCCAUAGUCUUUUUAUGUGUAGCAUAUUUAAAUAUAUAUAUAUAUAUAUAUCACAUACACAAGUUUAUCUGAAAGAUGUGCAAUAACAAAGGUGUAUGUAUGUUUUGUUUGGGGAAACUGGACAUGCUUCAAAACAGGGAUGUUUCUGUUUUGCAAAGGAAAACUAGACAUAUUUGCCUUCGUGGCUAGCCACUAGUCCAUAACAAUUCUAAUGCUACACAAACCUUAUGUGAAGAAAAGACUGGUGUGAACUCAUUUUUCCUGGGUCUAAAUAAACACGAUCACUAUAUUUAUGGGAGGCCCAGUCAAUGCUAGUCUUUCGUGUAAAAUGUGAAGCUGCCAUGUUGCCUUUUCUGUUAGCCUGAUACCUAGGAGCUGGCAUAGACUAAGAAGCUAUCCUGGAUGUGCUUUUGUAGACUAUUAAUGCUUGGCCACUAUACUUAAGGGCUAGUCUCACCCUUCUUAGCCAACAGUCUGGCUUAGGACAGACUGUCCUGUGCAAUAACAUGUGGCUGCUAGAAAUCCCGGGCCUGCAUUUGUGUUUAGGGAAGAACUGCAGGGAUGAGCGGGACUUCUGAGACUGUGGGGAACUCCUUCUAUAGCCAAGGGGCCUGAGGGCUGUGAAGGAGCUCAGCACAGCCGGACGUUCAAUAGCCACUUGAGCCAAAUACACAGCGGAUGGACUCAAUUGGAGCCUUCAUAUGUGUGGUUAUCCUGUUCUGUUAUAAACUAGUACAUUGUUUGUCUAGUAUUGAUUAGGAUUCUGUACAUAGGAUUUCACAGUGUUCUCCCUUUCCCCCGAGAUCUGAAUUAAAUCAGAUUUUGCAAACUCA